UUGUCGUUGUCGUUGUCGUCGGUGUUUUGCCGUCUUCGCUACGUAAAACAAUUUGAGCGCGUCGGGACAAAAGUUAUUCGAAGCGCGUUUUGUGUCGCUUGAAAUUUUAUUACGUAUACGCCGCGUGCCGUUUGCUUUCUGCUAUUUGCUAUUUGUGCCAUUUAUGCUUUGGCAAUUUAUUCGACUUGUGUCACAAGGCAUGCCAAAUAUGAAACAAAAACUGAAAAUGUAAAUGCCAAGCGAGCAGCGAGGCAAUGAACACAGCAAAGAGAUAAAAACAACAACUAAAGCGAUAACAACAACAACAACAGCAACAACAACAAAUCAAUGUCGAUAAGGUGGCGCACGCGGCAAGCAAUUCAAAAAAUUAUUAGCAAAAAAAAAACACCCAAGAAAAUAUACGACAAAAAGUAGUAAGAAAUUCAAUUGACAUUUUUCUUCUUUUUUUUUUUAUUCUGCGUUCUGUCUUCUUGCGUGAUUGUUGUUGCUGCUUUUCACGUGAUAUGCGCGACCGUCUCAGAUAAGCAAAACGGUAUAAAAAAAGACAGAUUGUUGUUGAUUCGUCGCACAGACGAAGGGGUGUAGCGGGAGGUGUGUGUGUGUAUGUGUGUGUGUGUGAGUGAUUAUUAUGCGGCGACUGCGACAUUACUAAACAGCGGGUGAAGAGGUCGCAAGUGUUUGCAGCCGUCUGAUUAUUUAAUAAAACUAUAUAAAUAAAUUCGAAGACAAAACUAAAGUAUAAAUAGCGACAAGGAACAAACAAAAGCACAGUGGAUGUGCUGUGGAGCCCAAAAGGAAAACACAUUGAAAUCAAAAGUAAACACGGCUGUGAGUAAAAUAACAAGCUGACAAAUAUGGGAGCUGCCUCCUCGGCUGCAGCGUUGCAGCAACUGCAAAAGCAACAACAGCAACCAGAACAAGAACAACAGCCAGAAGCAUACUAAUACAUAAUAAUAUUUGUAAUAAGAGAAGCAGCUGCAGCAGACGCUGCUCUCAAAUGAUAGCAAAAAUCAAGCCACAAGAGAGACAACCAACGAAACUCAAACUCAAAGAUGCAAAUUACAAUUUGCAUGCCAGCGACGAAGACGACGAACAACAAAAGCAACAGCAACCAAUUGUGGCAGAACUUAGAGUUGCCAAUUCACUAAAUAUCCAAAUAACUUGUGUAUUCAACGACAUAUCAUCUGGGCAGCCGAGCAAGCUGAACAAGCGGCGACAAAAUGAUCAAGGGCAUUCUAAUACAGCGCAAAAGUCAGGAGGAUGCCAGCUACACGAAACAGCUGAAAAUGGAACACGCCGAUCUCGUGGCCGAAAUGCAAACCGUCGAAAGUCUGCCAACCCACGAGAGACUGCAGCUGGCAAGACUACGACGUGCCCAGCAGCUGAAACUCGCCCGCCAAAAGGAGAAGGAAUGGCUGAAGCUGCAACGGGCCAAGGGUCAGACGGGCAGCGGUGCCGGAACGGUUAGCAAUCUAUUAAAUGGCGGCGGUGGCGCCAGCGGUGUCGGCGGAGAUACAACACAUCAUUUUCGCCAUGCGAAUGGGUCGGGGACGCUGAGCGGCCGGCGGCACAUAUCCUUCGAGAAUAGCGUGGUGCUGUUGGAGGCCGCGUCGCGCAACGAUAUGCCCGAGGUGGCGGCGCUGCUGCAGCACGGCAUCACACCGGAUGCGGCCAACGAAGAUGGACUGACGGCGCUGCAUCAGUGUUGCAUUGAUAACAAUGUGGACAUGCUGCGGCUGCUGCUCGACUAUGGGGCCAAUGUGGAUGCGCAGGACAGUGAUAAAUGGACGCCGCUGCAUGCGGCAGCCACCUGCGGUCAUUUGGAACUGGUGCGCAUACUCAUCCGGCAUAAUGCCAAUCUGCUCGCCGUCAAUACGGACGGCAAUAUGCCGUACGAUCUGUGCGACGAUGAGAAUACCCUCGAUUUUAUCGAGGGCGAAAUGGCACAGCGAGGCGUCACCCAGGAGCUGAUAGAUGAGACGCGAUCAUCCACGGAGCGUGUCAUGCUGAAGGAACUAAUGGAACUAGCACGCAUCUCUGGCGAUCUAGAGGAGCCCGACUAUCAAGGCGCCACACCGCUGCAUAUUGCUUCGGCCAAUGGUUAUGUGCGUGUUGUGGAAUUUCUGCUGGAGCAGCAUGUCAACGUGGAUGCCAUGGACAAGGAUCUGUGGACGCCAGUGCAUGCGGCUGCAUGUUGGGGGCAUCUUGAAGUGCUGGAGAUGCUCGCCCAAUGCGGCGCUGAUUUGAAUGUGCGCAACAAAGACGAUGAGACGCCCUCAGAUAUCUGUGAGGAUCAGGAGAUACGGGAGCGCAUUGAGCAGCUGAAAACGGAACAGGAGAGCAAACGACUGGCAGAGGCGCAACGAAGGCGCGUUCGACGCUCGCAGAGCAAUAAUACUAGAGCCCAAUCGGUGCGGCGCACCAGCCUGCGCGACAAAACGCUUACAACCAAAAAGGAUGCCGUGGAGGAGGCUCGUCUGCGUCUGCAGGCGCAGGAGGCCACCGAUACGGGCACCACAACGGAUGCUGCUGCUGCUCUUGGCGCUGCUGGUGAUCAUCUGCCCAAUGGCUAUGGUUAUCACACAAACAGCAACAGCAACAGCAUCACUACCAACACCAACACCAUCAACAACAACAACAACAAUGCUGAGAAGCGAACUUCCACGGCCAGCCAGAAUGGCCAAUUGCUGUCGCACUCGAAAUCCGCGGAUGCUGUGGACAACGUAACGCUAACAACGACACAUUCCUAUCUGCCGCGUCGUCCGCCCGACGGUCGCGAGAAUGACGAGCAGCUGCUGCUCAAGGCCGGCGACGAGUGCACCGGUGAAGUGCAACGUGCCACAUCUGCGGCAGCUGUCAUAUUGACUGACAAGGGCACUGCUGCCAGCGCCGAAGCGGUCCAGAUUGAGUCAUCCAAGGCGGCCGGCAAUGGCAAGAUCAACGUGCAGGUCACAGUUCUAGUGGGAGCCGCCACUACCGUUAAUCACAACAACAACAAUAACAACAAUAGCAGCGCAAACAACAAUAACAACAACAACAACAACAAUGGUGCUGGACCAAUUGCCACACAGCCCCUUGGCCUCGGCGCAAUGAGUCCCAGUUUACUGGAGUUUGAGUCUGCGUCGCCAGCGGCAGCUGUUGGCAAUGCGAGUGCGGUCAACAAAUUUAGUGGCAACACCGGCGAUGUGGUCAGCGAUAGCACCAGCAACAGUCGCAAGUGCUGUGUCCUAAUGUAAGUGAGAGACGGACAGACAAACAGAGAGAUAGAGAGAGAGAGAGAGGGGGAUGCAGCCACAACGAGGAUAACUGGAAGACAGACAGGGUAUUAAAAAAAGGAUUGCCAGCCGUUAAGCUUACCAAAACUAAGGGGAGAUAAGGGUGGGGAGGGGUCGGGGAUAUAUAAGUUGGUUAAUGUAUGUGUUGUGUAUGGAAAUCAAAAGAUAAGCAAUUUUGAAAUGCCUGGCAAGUAAAAAAAAGUGUCUUUUAUUAGCAUUUUAGUAGCAGCAAAACUAUGUUAUUAAAAACAUAAAUUGUAAAUGAUCCAAUGCAUGCAUGGGUUCAAUUCUAUGAGCCCUAUAUACAUAUUAUGUUCGAUAAACAACAAACAAAAGAAAUGAAAACCUAAGUUAAACGAAAAAUACGACUUAAAGUCGGGGCAUUUUCCUAAGCCAGCUAAAACGUACACAUUUGAACGGAUAUCAAUAUAAAUAUAUACAAAAAUAUAUGUUUUAAAGUACAUCUUCUAUGUUCUGAAUGUCAAAUUCAAUUCAAAGUAGGAUUCAUAAUUCUAUCUGAAAAGUGUUCCAUGCACAUUUUUGUGGAAUCGUUUCGAAAAUCAAUCGGCGCCAAGAACAUAGUCGAUUCAAAGCAUAGAAUUGAAAACCAAUUUGAUGUGAGCCGUUUUACGUUAAGUAGUUUAUAAAUGUUAAGAACUUUUGUUUAUUGCUAGUUCUUUAACUUUUGCUUCGUGUGCAAAUGGCAAAGCAAAGUAUUAUGCAAAAGUAUAAGAAAUAUACAUACAUACAUAUUAAUAAAAUAUAUUAGCCAAAUUGUAGCUACAUGCAAAACAGCAAAAUGAAAGCAAAAAAAAAAUAAAGAAACGCAAAAGCAAUUGGAAUAUUGCAAGCACAUCAACAAGCAAUUCAACAAUAACAAAUUUAAAAAUAUAUAUAUGUGUGUAUAUUAUACAUCUGAAUGUCAACUAGGUUAAAGUGCACCUGUUGCUGCUUCCAAUUUAUAAUUCGUUUACAAUAUUAUUUGUUUAAUUUUCAUGAUAGUUUGGAAAUGUGCUGUCGAUUUAGAUUGCAAUUACUUUGCUCUGCGUGAUUUGAAUUUAGUUAAUACAAAAAAAUUGUAUUAUUUAUAUACACACAUACGUAUGUUAAAUGAUUUAUACAAUAUUUAGCGUCUAUAUAAAUAUGUAUACAAAAUUCCAAAUAAUUAAGUAACAAACAGAAACAACGCGCAAUUUAGCAAUGAGACUUUCCUUUGAUUCAUUUAGUCAAAGGCAAGCCAUUUAUUGGCAUUGCCAAAAUGUUUUGUAAAAUAAACGAUUGAAAAAAACAACAAACAAACAAACAAACAAUAUCCU